UCAAUAAGUAAUCAUAUUGCUAUUUCUAUCUCUUUUGUGUUUACUACAACGAAUAAGGGUUUGAGUGAAUUAGCAUUCAAUACAGGCUAGAACCCUUUCUGAUAGCAUAACAUUUCGAUUUUUCCUGCGAAUGACAUUCGUUCGUUUCAAUUUUCAUUGUUUUGAACAUUUUUGCAAACGGCGGGUACCGAUUCGAUUCUUGCUACGUAAUUAUAGCUAAGAGAAGAGCUAUUUAGUGCUAUUAUACGUGCCAAUAUUUGUUGUUCUCUUGUGACGUUAUAAUUGAAGAAAUGGCUGAUAUUAUUUCGCAGGAGCAGGAGCAGCAAGUAAAGAAACUGAAGAGGCUUUUAGAGGGAUGGCGGAUGGCCCUUCUGCCCUUGAAAUCAGUCAUGCUAUGGGAGCAGCAGUGGCAUCCGUGCGCUAUAGUCGGCGCGGUGUCUUUCCUAUACAUGCUCAUUUGGCUCAUGGACCUUAACUCACUCACCACAUUUGCAACAAUGGGCCUGAUUCUCAACUUCAUUGACUUUAUCAUACCCAUAAUAUGUAACUCCAUUUAUGGACCAAGUGCAUGGACAGGACAGCAUGAGAAAGUGUUCGAAGAUAUCUGCCGAAGCAUUGUUGCUCAGUAUAACAAGAGCCUGUUGCAAGUCAGAAGCUUUUAUUCCAUGAGAGAGUCAAGUCCUUUAAUGUACUACGUAAUCUCCAUCAGUAUGCUGUUAGCUUUGGCAUGGGUAUCGUCGUCGGUGAACAACAUAUUUCUUCUGUACAUCCUGUCAACUGUCAUGCUGCUGUGGCCAGGCAUCCAACAUCGGGGCAUGUUUAACACUGUUCUGGCCAUGUUCAGCAAAGCACCAAAACAGCUAAAGACUCAGUAAACCUUGGCAAGUGUAGUGCUAGUCCUACACUUGUUGUAACUAGUAACUGUAUACUAGUUACGGUCAGUAUAGUUUGUUGAAACACUGCUAGUGUAGGAUACUCAAGUAUGUUGUAGCUUUUACUAUGUGAUGUAUCUGGUCAUUAUGGUUUUAAGUUUUAAGCUUAGCUUAUGUUGUGAGCUUUAAAAUUAAUGUAUGUGUGAUAUGAUUUGGGUAAAAUAAAACUACACUCUUUAUUUAA